GAGCUGUGCUCGUGCCCAGGUGAAGGUCACAUGUGCACCCUUCAUCAUCAUCAUCAUCUUCAUCUUCAUCCUUCAGUCUGAUUCUCAUCACACUCUCUCAGUCCUCAGAGCAGCACCGAGCCGUCAGCAUGAGAUCUCACUGCAUCUGUCUGGUGUGUUUUGUGCUGUGUGUGUUCGGAUGGCAUGAUCUGGAUAACAGUGAGUAUGACUGCUGGCCACUGGACAGACCAGAUGAACUCAACAUGAUCGACUGUGGAGGUCUGGAGAUGGCGUGGGUUCUGCGUCCUCCAGAGAAGGUUCUCAGCGGUGAGGAUUUCAAUGUCAUCUACUCUGUGACCGUCAGAGAUGAGUUUUACCAGUGGGCCAUCGACAACGACAUCUUCAUACACCGGUCCAUCACGGAUCCAGCUGAAGCCAGACGCUUCUGUGAGCAGCACGACUGUCCCAGCGACUGGAAGGACGCCAACGGAGAAAACUGCUGCAUCCAUCACGCCAACAUCCACUCCUGCCCCAUGGGCUUCAUGAAGCAGGCGGAGGAGAGGAUCUGUGGCCCCUGGAUCCCAGACGACGGGCGCAUAUUCACUCACACCAUCUCCACUUCUGGAAAAAUGACCCAGACCAACUGGAGCGCCAAGGUGGUGUUGUUUCACGAGGGCCUGACGUCUCUCAUCGCUCACAUCCGUGUGGGGAACAUGCAGGUGGCUCUGGAGGCCAAGAGCACGGUUCUGCCUGCGAUCAGUACUGUAUCUGUGACCUAG